UGCAGGCUAUUUCACACAACUAAAAAGGUUAUGGGAUGAGUUGGAUUCCCUAAACUCAAACAUCAAGUGUGGUUGUGUGUGUGUUUGUGAGGGAAAACAGAAGCUGGAGAAGUCUUUGCAAGAUGAAAGGCUCAUCAAAUUCCUUAUGGGAUUAAACGACACAUAUUCACAGGCCAGGGGUAAUAUUUUGAUGAUUAACCCCUUGCCUAACAUUAACCUUGCAUACUCCUUGAUUUUACAGGAUGAACAUCAAAGGGAAAGCUAUAUGAAUCCUCUCAUUCCUUCUGAUUCCAGUGCUUUUAUGGCUGGAACUGGAGGUUUCAUGACUGGGAAUAGAAACCAAUAUAGAGGUGGAAAGCAGGUUCAAAGGACUAAUGAUGCUAAUUAGAAAUAUGGAAAUCAAUUUCCCAGAGCUGCACAACCUCAACAGUCACAGAGAUUUCAAAAUCAAAAGCUUAAAGGAGGGAGAAUGAAAUAUAACCCUAAUGUGUCAUGUGAUUACUGUGGAAAACAAGGACAUGAAGAAAUAAAAUGUUACAGAUUGAUAGGGUAUCCUGAUGAUUUUCAAUUCACAAAUAACAAAGGCUCUCAAGGACAAAUUAGAGGAAAUGCAGCAGUGUCUAUGGAGGACUUUGAAGGAAAACACAAUAACUGUAGUGGCAAUGCUGCACUCAAUCAAGGGUACAGUAAAGAGCAAUAUAAUCAAUUUAUUCACAUGUUUAAACAAAUGAAGAUGGAAGAGUUAGCAGACACAAGUGGAGGACAUGCAAUUAAUGCAAAUGCAGUGGCUGGGCCCUUUAAUGAGGAGGCCUCAAGUUUUUGGUGAAGCUAAGGAAGGACUCUAUCUACUCCAGCCCAAUGUAAAAGAGUCUAGUUUCAAUCCUACCAAAGAAGUGCCAAUUAUGUCAAGAGAUGUUCCUAGUUCUAGUUUCUUUCCUUUUAAUGUUUCUAGUAUGUCUGAGUCUGUCCCUAGUGGAGUUUCUUCUAUAUGUAGUAGUGUUGUUUCUAAUGUAAAACUUUGGCACAUUAGAUUGGGGCAUUUGCCUUUCUCAUCAAUGAAACAUCUCAGUUCUAUCUAUAUUUAGACUAAUCUUGAUUGUU